UGUGUAACUGUCUGCGCUUCAUACGAACGCUGAUCAGUUGUGAAGAGACAGGACUCGUGUGCGAAUCGAAAAACGCUAAACCAAAAUGGCAGAAAACAUCCUAGAGCCGGGCAAAGUGAUCAAACCGAUCAUCAACCAUGAUGAGGUGAAGCUGCUAGUCGAACGUCUGUACGGCAUCUCUGUGCUGGAACUGACGGAGCUGAACAGCUACGACGAUAAGAACUACAAAAUCAUCGAGGACCCUAACGUCAAGAACCCGCUCAUCACGAACCACAGCGAGCACGGAUAUGUGCUAAAGAUCACGAAUUCCUUGGACACGCAAGAUCGGGAAACAAUAGAGGCACAAAAUGAGAUUAUGAACUUUUUGUACACCCGCUCAGUGACGUGCCCAAAGCCGGUCCGCAACGUCUACGGCCACCUGUACUCUGUUGAGAACUUCGCGGGCAAGCAGCACGCCGUGAGGCUGCUGGAGUUUGUGCCGGGGUCCCUGCUGAAGGACGUGCCCAGGAGCGACGCGCUCAUGUACCAGAUCGGCGAGUUCGUCGCCAACCUCGACAACAAGCUGCAGAACUUCAACCACUCGGGUCUAGCUGGGCGGGUGCACAUCUGGAUGCUCAGCAAGGUUCCAGAACUCGACAAGUUCAAGUUCGCCGUCAAGGACCAGGAGAAACUCGAUUUGGUCGAAGAGGUGAUUGAGGAAUUCAAGUACGCUGUGGUGCCGCGGCUGGAUGAACUGGAACGUGGCGUCAUUCACGGAGAUGUCAACGAGAUGAACCUCAUCGUGGGACAGAAGCCCGGCGGCAGCUCCUCGGACUACCGUAUAACUGGCAUCAUCGACUUCGGGGACAUCCAGGACUCAUACUACGUGUUUGAGCUGGCCAUCGCCAUGACCUACGCGAUACUUCUGACAGGAGACCCCGCGGCAGGAGGGCUCGUGCUAGCUGGGUACACCGUUACCCGUCGCCUGCCUGACGAGGAAUACCGUCUGCUCAAGACCCUAGUCUCCGCGCGCCUGGUUCAGUCACUGGUGAUCGGCGCCUACACGGCGGCCAACGACCCCGACAACAAGUACGUGAGCUCCACAGAGAAGGCCAACGGCUGGGAGCUGCUCCGCAAGAUCCGCAAGCACAGGCCCCGCGCCGAAGAGACCGACCCCACUGACUGGAAGACCAUCGCUAAUGAAUAUCUUACCAGGAGUUAAGAGGUUGACAAUUGCGAAUUGUGUCAUAAAUUGCGCUGA